AGUUGCUGCUGCACUCCCCCUCCUUGGGAUCUCCACAUAUCCACACUUUGUGAAGAGCCUCAAACAGCGAAUUGUGAUGCGCACGGAUGGUGCGGAGGUUUUGCCACCGCUUCUUUCUAUCACACAAGAUAAUCAUGGAGCGAUAGUGAUCACAGCCAGUAGCAUACUACUCAUCGUCGCGGCAUUAGCGACUAUCGUGACGCUGAUCUCGCGGGUACGCAUUCUUGGUGCCCUUACCUGGGGUGAUACAUUCCUUGUUGCGGCAAUGAUUAUGUUCAUUCCUCAAACCACGUGUAUCAUCGUUGCCGGCUCAGACGGCAUUGGUAAACACAGAGACUCUCUAAGUGACACAGCAUUUAAAUCGUACAGCCAACUUCUUUAUGCCAGCCAAAUACUCUCAGCUCCGGUGCUGGGAUGCUCCAAAGCCGCCGUUGCACUUCUUCUGAUAUCCAUAAAACCAUUUAACAUAGUGCUGCAGGCCUGUAGAAUCCUACUCGGGCUUAUUGGAGCCUGGACAGUCGUUGCUGUGGUCGCUCUAGCGCUACAAUGCACUCAGCCGCAGGCGUGGAAUUUCAGCUCCGGCAGGUGUCUCAACCAGCAAGCUCUAUACUCGAGUCUGGCCGCGUGUCACAUAAUCCUAGACGCAGCUCUCAUCAUAUUGCCCAUUGUCCUGGUGUGGAAAGUUCAAAUGCCCGAAUGGAAGCGUUUCCAGAUUUGCGCUCUCUUUGGACUGCGUAUCCUUGUCCCAGCUUUGACUGUUCCUUACAUUGCGUCACUCGAUCCCUUUUUCCACUCUAAGCCGAAAGACCAGCCAUGGCAUGCUCUCAUGCCUACCAUAUGGCUGCAACUGAUGCAGAGCACGUCCAUUAUCUGCACGUGCAUCCCGAGUCUCAAGCGAGCUCUUGCAGAGCUACAAACGGGAAUGAUGGCAGGCACCAUCCCGGAGUUUCUUGAACUUUCUCUUUCUGGGAGGCAUGAUAACACGACCGAUGCAUCCACGUCGAAGCCGGGGAAUCGAAGCUUACAUCCAAUUGGCGGAUCCGAACUUUACUCGGAUAAAGAUACCAAGAGGAGGUUGAAAGAACAACGACAUCACGGGUUCAGAAAUACAACGGUAGAACCACAGGAGAGCAUGUUAAAUCUGAGGAACGGUGCUAUAAUCCAAACCAUGGAGUACGAGGUUCAAUAUGAGUGGUCGAGUGAGCAUAGUAGGGCUUCUUCUACCCUCCCAGGGCAUGUCAACGUACCAUGGCGAUGGCUUGCCAGCCCAACAGACUAGUAGGUCUGCAUUCUAAUGAAGGCCACAACUUCAUAGAACAUUAUUCGAUUAAUUUGGUCUCAUCAACAUUUGCAAACCUUCGGUCCAAGAUAUGCCUAGAGCGAACAGCAUGAGAAAGUAGUCAAUGCGGGUCGCUGUGACACCGCCAGCCGACA